AAGUGAGAUAGUUCUCUCUUUGGUCUGAUUUAGUUGCUCAGAGAAGAAGAUGCAGGUCGUCGCCAACUUCGAUUUCCAGUCUUCGCCGUUCUCACACGGCGCCGGAGAGCUCCUCAUUUCUCCGGUAGACCGCCGGGAGAUAUCCUCACACGGCGACGCUUUUGAAGGCGCGUGUGACGACUCGACUAGAUUGGCGGCGGUGAAAGUACAAAAGGUUUACAGGAGUUAUCGUACGCGGCGUAGAUUAGCAGACUCUGUCGUUGUCGCCGAAGAGCUCUGGUGGCAAGCGAUGGAUUAUGCGAGGCUUAAUCAUAGUACGAUCUCGUUUUUCGAUUAUUCGAGACCUGAAACUGCUGUUUCUAGAUGGAAUCGUGUGAGCUUGAAUGCUUCUAAGGUGGGGAAGGGUCUGUCUAUAGUGGACAAAGCUCAGAAAUUGGCGUUUCAGCAUUGGAUCGAAGCUAUUGAUCCUCGACACCGGUAUGGACACAACCUGCAUAAAUACUAUGAAGAAUGGUGUAGAGCUGAUGCUGGUCAGCCAUUUUUUUACUGGUUGGAUGUUGGAGGAGGGAUAGAUCUGGAUCUUAACGAAUGUCCGAGGUCGAAGCUUAAGCAGCAAUGCAUUAGAUAUCUUGGACCUCAAGAGAGGGAAGAGUAUGAGUAUGUGAUCAUAGAAGGGAAGAUUGUUCAUAAGUUAACCGGAAAGUCUCUACAUACGAUGCAUGGAUCCGAGGGAACAAAAUGGAUCUUUGUUAUGAGUACUUUCAAGAAACUCUAUGCCGGUCUGAAAAAGAAAGGAAGGUUCCAUCACUCGAGCUUUUUGGCUGGCGGAGCAACAUUAGCUGCCGGGAGGGUGAUUGUUGACAAUGGAGUUCUCAAGACAAUCUCUGCAUACAGCGGACAUUACAGGCCGUCAGAUGAUAGCCUUGACACAUUUCUCUCGUUUCUCAGAGAGAACGCAGUGAACCUAGACGAUGUUGAGGUGCAUAAAGCUAGUGAAGAUUCAGACAACUACGAUGAUUAUGCGAAAUCCAACGGAGGAUCUGAACCGGAACUCUUAAAGAAAGAGAACACCACAUUCCAAGCAGAGACUGAAACAGAUGAGAACAGUAACGGAACAGUCGGGACACUUGAGGAGGCAAAACGGAGUAGUUACCAGAGAACACUCUCAGGUGGACUUGAGAGUCCAAAAGCUAAUGUACCGCAGAAAUCGAUGCUACUAAGGAUAAACUCAAAGAAACAGUCGAAAUCUUUACAGUUGGGUCAUCAGCUGACACUGAAAUGGUCGACAGGAGCUGGUCCAAGGAUUGGUUGUGCAGCUGAUUAUCCGGUUCAGCUCAGAACACAAGCUUUGGAGUUUGUUAACUUGUCUCCUAGAUACCGGAGAAGCACACUUUCUCCGACCGGGAAGCUUGAUGUCUGAUCAUAUGUUUCCUUAAAGUAGUAGUUAAUCAGAAUCUUUCUUCUGUAACCUAAUGUGUAAGUUCUCUAUCUAAGGUUUUUGUUGUUUUCUUUUCAUCUGGAUGAUUGUGAACACUAAUCAGAAGGAAGAGAAUGAGAGAUGUGUUUAUGUGUAAAAGCUAUUUUCAAUGAUAAUGAAGAGAACGGUUACAG